CCGCAACCCAAUCAUGUAGUUCGAAAUAAAUACCCCAUAGAGUUUCUCUCGAGAGAGGUAGACAUGUCGCUGAAUAUGGAAGAAUCCUCUACUCUGUUCCAUUCAUUUUCUUCAUGGAUUGUUUAAAAGGUAUGGGUUGUGUUGACGAGAGUAAAUUAUCAUGGUGCAGUGCCUAGACGGAUACAAGCAUUUGUGUGCUUUUGUUUUAAAUUGUUGUAAUUUGGAUUUAUAUAAGCAACCUGGACUUGAAGAUCCUGAAAUUCUUGCAAGUGAAACUGUCUUUAGUGUAAGCGAAAUAGAAGCGCUCUAUGAGCUGUUCAAGAAGAUUAGUAGUGCUGUUAUUGACGACGGACUGAUCAACAAGGAAGAGUUUCAAUUAGCUCUAUUUAAAACAAACAAGAAGGAAAGCUUAUUUGCAGACCGGGUCUUUGACUUGUUUGACACAAAGCACAAUGGGAUAUUAGGUUUUGAAGAGUUUGCUCGUGCUCUCUCCGUCUUUCACCCCAAUGCUCCUAUUGAUGAUAAGAUUGGGUUUUCUUUUCAGCUAUAUGAUCUCAAGCAGCAAGGAUUUAUCGAGAGACAAGAGGUGAAGCAAAUGGUAGUUGCCACACUUGCUGAAUCAGGAAUGAAUCUUUCAGAUGAUGUGAUCGAAAGUAUCAUCGACAAGACAUUUGAGGAAGCGGAUACCAAACAUGACGGGAAGAUAGAUAAAGAGGAGUGGCGAAACCUUGUUUUACGACAUCCUUCUCUGUUGAAGAAUAUGACCCUUCAAUAUCUCAAGGACAUCACAACUACAUUCCCGAGCUUCGUGUUUCAUUCUCAAGUUAACGAUACCUGAGAUAGUGUCAGAGUUUAUUUGUUGAGUGGUGCUGAUAGUGCUUGUUUCUUUCUGUAUGAUUCCGUUAUUAGCUUCAGAGAAAUGACAAGAAGUGGGCUCAUAGUGUGUAGUUAAUGCUGUUUUAUCUCCUUAGUUUGUGUCAGAUCAACGAGAAGGAUUAGAUUGAGAGUUUUCAACAAGAGUCUGACUAUUCAUGUGACAUGUAUGAGGCUUAUAAUAGCAAUGUUGUUCUCUCUUUUA